AUGGAAGACAAAAUCUUAGUCAAUGCUACAUCUGAUAAGCAGUUAGAUGUUUUACAAAAUAGUUCAGAAGAACAAAAUUCAGAGGGAAACUUCAAAUUUAAUCCUCUAUUCGCAAUAGAUGGGUUCAUGCUGACGUUCUUGCCAUACUUAGGGUCCUACAAUAAGUGGGAGCAGUUUUGAUUUAGAAUGUGAAAGACUUCACAGGAUUACUUCUCUUCAAAGAAAACGGAGAUAGAAUAUCUGUAUCAGCAAACAUUCUCGAGUUAUGAAGAAGCAGUAAAUGAUUUAGCUCCUUAUAAAAUUGGGGCUAGACUUAUCAAUAGUAAUGAAAUAAAGCUUGUCUUUUUUGAAAGAAUUGAAAAUGUAACAAAUGAAGUUGCUGAAAAUUGCACAGAUGCCCUUCAAAAGAUUAAACUCUAUCAAGUUAAGGUUCAUUGGAAUAUGGAUAAGCAUAAAAGAGAAUUGGAGCAAGAUCUAAUGGUUAUUCAUAAAGCCCUCUUAAAGCUGUUGCCAAGCAAAGGGUUUGUAUUCAGAGUUUAUAAGCUGCAAGACCCUCAAAGAUUGGAUUCGAUUUACUUUAAUAAGAAAUGCUCAGAAUUGUAUAUCUCUAGUAGCACUGUGGAUUUAAAACCAUUUUAAUGAUCAGAAGUUCCGAGACAUUGCUAAUUAUGGAGUGAGUACAAUUGUGUUCAUAAAUUGCACAUUGAUCGACCCUUCUCACAACUCUGAUAUUCCAGUCAGUGUUUGGGAAAAUGAAUACACCAUCGAAAAUGAGGACAAGAAGUGCUUAGUCAAAAUAAAGAAUUGAGUUAUUAAAGAAACAGAAAGCAAUAAAACUUAAAAUUUUCGUCAAAAAAACGUUAAUG